AUGAUUUCUAAUCAAGUCAAAUUCUCAGGACAUUUCUACAAUCCUCACGUGCCAAUUUUUGUGCCGAAGGAAAAUGGCCGCGUUUUCUACGAAGUUCCGGAACGUUUCCUUUCGGACCGAUACAGGCCUCUCGGGUCAAACUUGAUGAAUCGAUUUGGAACCAACGCCGGCGUUCGAAUUCCAGUCAGAGACAUUGACCCACCCAACAUCGAAUUCGCCAACGUCGUCUCUCGCCGGGGGGAUUUUUCUCUGUUCAACAGAUCGCACCGCGAAGCAGCCAAUCAGUUGAUUCAGCUUUUUAUGCAACAACCGGAUGCGGAUACAUUAAAUGCGAUUAGUGCUUAUGUGCGUGAUCGUUUGAAUGCUCCUCUCUUCCAGUAUGCUUUGUCUGUUGCAUUGCAUCACCGCACAGAUACAGCGGAUGUUACGGUUCCUUCGAUUCUCCAUACUUUUCCGGAUCGUUUCAUUGACCCUGCAACGUUCCCACGCAUGCGCGAAGAAGGACGGAUUGUUAGCCAAGGAGAUCGGAUGGCAAUCGACAUUCCGAUGAAUUUUACAGCAUUAGACAGAGAACCAGAACAACGGCUCGCCUAUUUCCGCGAAGAUAUUGGAGUGAAUUUGCACCACUGGCAUUGGCACUUGGUAUAUCCGGGCGUUGGUCCUCGGGAAAUUGUUAAUAAGGAUCGCCGAGGUGAGCUCUUUUACUACUUCCACGGACAAAUGGUUGCUCGUUACCACGUGGAAAGGUUUUGCAAUGGAUUGGGUCCGCUGGCGCCAUUGGAUAAUUUGAGGGAACCGAUCCGAGAACCGUACUAUCCGAAAAUUUUAAGAAGUGCUAAUAAUAGAACUCACCCUGCGAGAUAUCCCGGAAUGGUACUCAUGGAUGUCAAUCGCAGCGCCGAUCAAAUUAAUAUUACUGUAGCGGAAAUGGAGCAACAGCUGAGCCGGAUUAUCCGGUCCAUUGAUGAUGGAUUUGUCAUGAGUUCAAACGGCGAGCGCAUAUCGCUAGACAAUCCGGGAGGUAUCGACGUGCUUGGCAAUAUUCUGGAAAGCUCAAUUUUAAGCCCUAACACCGAUUUCUACGGAGACGUACACAACAAUGGUCACAUAAUGAUCUCCUACAUUCACGACCCAGACGGUACUUACUUGGAGAGCUUCGGAGUGAUGGGAGAUGUAUCAACAGCUAUGCGGGAUCCCAUAUUCUAUCGCUGGCACUUGUUCAUCGAUCAAAUCUGUCGACGACACAAGAAUCGUUUUUCGCCUUACUCGUAUCCAGAGUUGUCAUACCAAGGCAUCACUCUACUCAAGUUUGAAACAAGACUACAACGCAGAGGCUCUCCUCCCAAUUUGUGGCUGACAUUUUGGCAACGAUCACAAGUAGAUCUAGGCACUGGGCUUGAUUUUGGACCCGAAGGCAAUCUGUUUGCCACGUUUACCCAUCUUCAGCAUGCACCGUUCCUCUAUCAACUGCAGGUCAUCAACAGUGACAACAGAAACCGUCGAGGUACAGUUCGUAUCUAUCUAGCCCCAAGAUAUGAUGAAAAAGGAGCUCGUUUAACAUUCGAGCAGCAACGCCUCCAUACUAUUGAACUGGAUAGCUUUAGAGUGAGACUGAAUCCUGGUGUGAACAACAUAAUGCGCAGAUCUGAGCAAUCCAACGUCACCAUUCCGUAUGAGAGAACCUUCCGCAACAUAUCGCAAUCCAACGAAUCCGGCAAUGAACAGUUCCGUUUCUGCAAUUGUGGCUGGCCCUCGCAUAUGCUCAUUCCGAAGGGAAAUGCUGAAGGAGUAACAUACGAUCUUUUCGCGAUGAUUUCCAACUUCAGUGGCGAUGCCGUCGAUGUUGAUUAUGAUGAGAACCAAAACUGCGACGAUUCAUACUCUUUCUGUGGCCUGCGUAACCGCCGUUAUCCGGAUGCUCGCAACAUGGGAUAUCCAUUUGACCGCCGUGUUCCGCCUGGUGUUAAUAGCUUUGCCGACUUUGUGGCACCGUAUCAGAACAUGACCGUGACGACGGUGAAUAUUAGAUUUACUAACACUGUUGUGGCUAGAACUUGAACGUGUUUACGAAGAACCUUAUCAAGACUAUUUCUGAAUAAUAUACAUAAAUGAUUGA